AACGUUCGGCUGGUAGCCUCAAACGUCGCGCCCCGAGCUCACCAACGUAACCUUACCAUGGCGGUCUCACCAUCUGAAUUUAUGGCCGCUGUGGAAGAAUUCUUCAUGACCGGAAUGGUCGUCCUCGCUAUCGUCCUCGCCACCGUUCGAGCUUACAUUGCCAAAUUACUUUUCGCCAUUGAAUCAGCUGGUCUCUCCGAUUUUGUCUUUAUCUGCCUGCUCUCUAUAGUCGCCAUCCUCGUCUGCUUAGGCGUACGGACGUCUCAUUCAUUAACGUGUUUAACCGAGCGGCAGCCAGAUGAAGAACUGGGUUCCGAAACUGAUAAUCGCUUAUUCGGAAGGGUGGAGGCUAGAAGUGGGAUUCCUGGAGUUAUUAUGGAAGGUGGUGUAUGGAAGGUUGUCGCAGUCAGGCGGGACUCUAGAUGUCAAAAAGAUUCUUCAGGAGAUCAAAGAACUCUCCCGAGAAAUUUGCAACGGCCCUUCACGACGAUAGAUCGAAAGGAGCCGCUUGAUCCAGCCCCAUGAUUCUCCGCUAUCGUAAAUUUUUGGUUGUAUUUUUAGGCAUUCAGUAUAAUCCGACCAUUCACCCCGCUGUAUUUCGCUGGUGACAGCCCCGAAAUCGCGUCUCGGAGGGAAAA